GAAAUGGACUCAAGACUUGUGUUUACUUUAGAUCUGUUGAAGACACAUUAUGCAAAAUCAACACAUUUUUAGGCCUGAAAUUCCCUUCCGAAAAGAUGUCUCAAUCGAGGAUUGAAAGAGCACACAGAAGCGAAUUGCUGUGAUAGUUAUGUAAUACCUGUUAGUUUGAUGUGGUGAGAAAAACUUGAGGUAAUCUGUGAAAAAGCACAUACCCCCGCCGGCCGUCGCAGUAUCUUGAUACGACGUAAGUAAGCAUAACAUUGGCAAUAAACCGCAGAACUCUAGAAGAUAUAGGGAAAACCACUCAGGACACGACAUUAUGUCGACUACAACACCAGAGAGUAUGUCCACUAACCUAGCUACGGUAACGUCUAUCAUCACAUGUAUCAGUGCUUCGGUCUCAGUUAUAAGCGGUCUGGCUAUUCUGUGGUCAUACCGACAGGUUCCUCACAUACAGAACUACACCCGAUACCUCCUGCUCUGUCUCACGAUAGCCGACAUAUUCACUGCAUACGGCAAUUUGAUCAGUACAGUUAGAUGGUUUAUCAUUGGAAACGACAAAGAAAAGAACGAUACUUACUGUGUUGCCCAAAGUUUUAUCACAACGACGUCAACUUUAAGUGCCUUUUUCUGGACGACAGCCAUAGCCAUAUACAUUUUUAGUGCAAUCGCACUCCGAGUGAACAUUGCUGAGAAACGUACCGGUAAAAUCAUGAUGAGUGCUAUUCCAAUACUUAUUCCAGUGACGAUCACCGUCGUGGCUUUAGGUAGUGGUGUUCUAGGUGAGGACGAUUACUCCGGGAGUGGACCUUGGUGUUGGAUCAAGAGUGACGUCAGCAACAACGUCAUGUGGAAGCUGGUGACGGGCAAGGCCUGGGAAGUGAUGACGUACAUGGUUACCCUGGUUUUAUACAUCCUGAUUAAAUUUUCCAUAUGGAGAGAGAAUCGCCGACGUGGUAGAUACCUUAGAUGGAGCGAGGCAGACAAUAGACUCAGAGACGAAGACGCCAUAUUUGGGAUAUCGUGGUUGUUUCUCGUCAUUGCGCGGAUCUGGGGAACUCUACGGUUUUUCAAACAGGUUUUUGACGUACAGCUUCCACAAAGAGUUGCAGACAUACUACUCUAUCUGCAGUGUGUUGGGGACAGCUCUCAGGCUUUCUGGAACUUUUUGUUUUUCUUUACUUUCGAUCCGACACUACGACAGCACGUCUGUCCAACGAGAUGCUUUUCAUCCGGAGAAAGAAGAAUGGAAUCAAUGGCGGGAGAUUUAGACCCAGAUUAGUACACGGCGUGUACACAAAAUGCAUAAUCGAGGAUUUUGUGUUCAUCAUGCAACAUCUUUAAUUCAUGUUUACGUACAUGUAUGACGUAAUUGUGGUUCCUCCCUUGGCUAUUUAAAGCUAUGAUGCCAUUUGUUUAGUUUCAAGUAUAAUGUUACUUAAAAAUUGUUUGGUGAUUAAAAUAACGUGCAAUAUUUUUAUUGUGUAUGAACUUUUCAACUCUAAACAUAUUUUCUUUAAAAAUCCAGAUGUCGAUGUCGUAAAUGUUUACUUUUAUUUGACUUUCUGCGCUAACGUAUUUAUAUGAAAGAGGUGCUAUUUUUCCAUGUCAUGGUUUUCACAUUAAAACACACUGUUAAAAGAAGUUAUGUAUAAUAUACCUGAUACAAUGAAUGUCUUAUAUGAAUUCUUCCAUUUAAGUAUCUAAUAUAAGUGUUAGAACUGCGAUUCCAUUUGUUUGUAUUAUAACUGUGAUUAUCCUAUUAUUGUAGAAUCAUUGUAGGGACUACAGUAUGAUGUGUACGCUAAUCAGUACAAUAUAUGAGUCAGUUCUGACUUGGUUUGACUUUGCUUUGAAUGUAAUAUAACUAAUCCUAAUAGCAUUACUCAUGUGUUUUUUUAUAAUUAACAAAAACAACCCAUCACAAACCACGUAAUGGUAAAGAUAUUUAAAUAAAUGAAUAUGAUAAACACGUAAAUAGAUAUAUAAGAGAAAUCUGAGGCUUGCAUUGCCAUGUGAUUUCCUCAGAUGCUGACCUGAGACUCCCAAGUUUGGGUCCUCCUUAAAAGCGUCUUCAACCGACAACAAGCGUCUUUAAGUGGCAACAAGUGUCGCAAGACAAAAAAUUUAAAAUACAGAAUAAAGUAAGCAACAUCAGAAGAUAUAUUGUUAAAAUGACUAUAAUACACCUCUAUACCAAAUUUCAAUUUUAUAUUUGAAAAAUUCACCGAGUUAUGAUGAAUUGAAUUUUACGAUCGGCGGCGAUAUUGCUCUACAAGAAUUAUAAUUGUGCACUAUCAAUAUAUAGGAUGAACUUCUGAUAUAAAAAUGUAAAAUUCCUAGUUUUUACAAAUGGACUGUGGAAGUGUUUAUUAUGAUCUUUUACAUGAAUUCAGGUUGAAUGCUAAGGAACUUUAUCAUCGUUUGAUAACGGCAGUUCGAUGAGUAUAGCUAAUGAUAAAGGAAAACAGAAAAAAAGAAUAUAUGGAGUAAAUAAACUAAACCAAAUAUUCCGUGGAAAAUGAAUUUACAAUAAAAAAAACAUGACUGCGUAACUUAAAUUGUCAACAGUUAGGAAACAACUAUCCAGAAAGUUCUGAAGAGGCGUAGAACUGGAAACACAAUUAACAGGACAUGUUGGUAUGUUACUACCGCGAGGUAAAGCAAACGAUAACAAAAACAAUGACUUGAUACCUCCAAUCGCUGAUAGUAUCUAUCGUAGCUACAUCAGGUAUAUUAUACGAUGCGUAUUGCAUACAUAAUUAUAUAUUAACAUUCGGUAUGCUUAGAGCCAUUGACAAAAAUUACAUUCAUAAAUGCAUAACACAGGUGUUCAUAUAGUCUCAGCACGUUGGAACUGAUGUAAAACAUAGCAACCUGAUCAUACUGCGUAGUAAUACACUACAAAAACUACUCACUCGGAACGACCGACUUAGAUGCUUAAUUCUUACAUCUUAAAAUAAACUUGUAUUUUAACCGAAAUACAUGUACAUUUCUGUGUUAUUUAUGUACUAUGGAUACAUAAUUUGCAUGCUGUAAAUUAAUAUUUUAAAAAAGUCAACACCUCAGCGUUAACGGAAGUUACACUGUCGUCUGAUACAUCUGUCAAAAUGAACGUCCCAAAACAACUUAGCUGUCAGCUGGACGAUGGAACAAUAACUUUUGAGCUGGAACUACCCGAUCACCAAGAUAUGUCAGACGAGGAAGUAGAGAGAUUUAUUUCUACUCUUGAUUUGUCAUCAAUAAUUGAACUGAAAUCAGCACAAGACAUUGAGGAAGAACUUGCCGCGAGUGCUGACCCCGGUAUCCCUACCCCCGGGCAGCCGGUCCGGAGUGACCCCCCUCAUCAAUCACCUGCCAACAGAACAGCGCCUUCCCGAUUUAAAUAGGUUACAGAGGAGGAGCGGAAAUCCUUUGAAGAUUCCAACCGACCUGUAGCAACAAGGAGAAGUACACUAUAUGGAUUAUCUUUAUUCCAAGGUAAUAAUUCACUUCACCCCCCCACUUCGAUGUUUAAACUAACGGAAGUAGCUGCUAUAUGUAUGCAUGUAUGCUGUUAGAUGUAUGUAUGUAAAUAUGCUGU